UGAUUGGUGGCGAGUGCGGAAGCCAAAUAAGAGCGUGUAUAUUGCCUCAGAAUGUAAACAAAUUUGUACAAGGCAGGUACCACCAGCACAUAAUUUACGGCACGUUUAACAUAUUGGUAAAAACAUUACUAAUGUUUGGUUGACAGUUGAUGAUUCGUCUUACAAUUUAUCGGCACAAACAACUAAAAUAGAUAUAACGUUAUAGCUACCAACAAUACAAUAAUGAGCAACUCGUCCACCUCAAUGGCUCACAGCUUCGGAUCUGUCCGUCAAAGCCCCCCGCUGAGUUCAAAUUUUGCACUGACACAUGGACUGUUGGAUUCAGCUGCCGAGCAGUUAAUGGUUCAGAGGGAUUUCCAAGCUGCUUUCGACACAUGUGAGAGAGGUCUGGUGAGCCUUUUAAACGCGGAGCAAGAAGACAGCAGGUAUGGGGAGUUGAAGGCUGCACUCUGCAUUGUGGGGAUUCAAGCAUUGGCUGAACUCAAUCAGUGGCCUGGUGCACUGGCAUGGAUUCUGCAACAUUAUGAGUGCCCUGAGAAAAUAUCUGCAAAAAUAAUGCAGAUGUGCAUACUCCUCUACACCAGUGGCGAGCAAGCUAUGAUGCAGGAGGCAGGCCAUGUUUGGCUGUGCUGCCCAUCCAAUGGGAGAUUGGCAGGAUUUGGGACUGUAGCAGAGCUUUAUUUACUGCAUAUUCUAGUGCCUUUAGGUCAUAUGACAGAGGCACGGGAGUUGGUUUUUGGUGAGGUGGGAGGUAUUGCAUUCACAGAGGACCAGAAACAAACAGCACUGGAUAUCGUGGAGAAUAAAGAGAACCUCAGCCAAGAACAACAUCCAAGCCCUAAUCCCAACACCAGUCCUGUGGUGGUGGUUGCUGGACUUAACACACCUCAAGGUGCUGUGAUUCAGAAACUUGAGGCCUUGCUUAGGCUUUUGAACAGAGGACUAUCAGUAGCCAGUGGUGGGUUAUUCCGUCUUCAGAGAUUUUUUCUGGCUGCGGUCCUUCUCUACAUGCUUUUUGUCCGAAUGGAUCCAGCUCAUCCCUCAUCUUUCCCAUGGAUCUCACAGAUGUUGCAGAUGCUGAAGCAGAUGUGGGACGCCAUGUUUGCUCCUUACUAUCGAGCCAGAGCUCAGAGCUAAGAACUGUAAAACCAUACAGGCUGGUGCUGGGACAUUAUGGUUUAAAUUUGACUGAGAACCAAGAGCUCACCAUUGACCCUCACCAUGUAAACAUGAAUUAGUGACUGAGAUGAAGAGAGAAAUUAGGGGGGCUUUUGUUGGCAACAACAACAUGUAUAACUGUGAAGGCAGAAUGUGAACAGCAUGGAUACAUGUGAAGGCAGAAUGUGAUAGUAGUAGUCAGAAUUAAUUUCCUUGGUGUUGCAGAUUCAGUUGCUCCCAUAUAUGUGUGUGUGUGUGUGUGUGCGAGCGAGCCAGAAAGCGAUUGAGUGUGUGUGGUGACACAUUCUGUGUUGAUAUGAAUUGCCCAAUCCAAAACAACUGCUGUAAGCAAGCUAAUUGUAAUCAGAUGCAUGUCAUACAAAUUAUAACUUUUACAUGAGAGUGAUAGAUUUUUAAUUGGUAAAAUGAUAAUUAUCUCAUUAUGAAUUACUCCAGUAUCUUUCAAUAGGGUCUGGCUCCAGCAGAUACCUUCUCAGGACACAGACCAAUUAUGUACUACAAUAGCAAUUAUGUAGUACAAUAGUGACAUCAAAGUAGCCUACAUAAUCACAAAGCAUGUGAAAUAUAUUCACAUGUGCAGCACACACAUAGCUCAUUUCUGCAGAAUAUCAGGCAGCAAACACGCUCAAUUGGUUUUCGCAUUGGAGCAGCUCACAGGAUUGAACGACAUCAGUAGCUGGUAUUGUAGGUAAGAGGUUUCAACUUUUAUCUACCAGGAACUGAAGAAACAAUGGAACCAGGUAUUGAAAAAGUUUGGUCUGAAUUCUUGGUUGAAUCUUUGUAAUGCACAGUUCAGUCAUCAAGCGCUGUUUGAGUGAACAUUUAUAUAGGCUUCACCAAAAAAAAACUUGGUAAAGGGUUACCUGGCAGAAUGAAAUCAUGAUAAUUUGUAUCCAUUUGGAGGGCAUUUGUUUUGCAAACUCUGCCAUGUAGGCCUACAUUGUACAGUACAAACACAUGGCUAGCCAAAUGGUCACUUGCUAGGUGAGCAAUUCAAUUAAAAGGCAACCACACCCUCCAAAUAUUUAUAUUUUUCCCAGACCAGAGAAAAUGGACUCCUGAUGUGUUUUAAGCAUUGUUGUGGACUUUCUAUUAAAAAGUGUGAUUUUGAGUGAAUACCUGAAAAUAUGUAGUAAAACAGAAUAAAAAAAACUGUAGGAAAACAGCA